CACUCCUACAAAAAUCUUGCCACUGAAACGACUCCGUAUCGAGUAUCCUCUCUCUCUGUCUCGCUGCUUUCGUCGUUUGUCCACCAUCAAUUUUAAAUCUGCCUUAUCUUUCUUUCAUCGGCAAAGUAAAAAAAUCGGAGAAUCUCUAAAGUUACGUCGUUUCUGAAGUUAUGGGACAAGUCUUAGACAAAUUUCACGGGAAGGAAUGGAGAAAGAAACAGAUUAGGAAAAUAAGUGACAAGGUUUAUGAGCGUAUCAAAAAUCAAUCAGGAACAGCUACUUUAUCGUUCGAAGAUCUAUAUAUUGCUGUCCUACUUGUGUACAAUGAUAUUAAUAAGCGUUUGCCUGGGCCCCACUUUGACCCACCCUCUAAAGAGCAAGUCAGAUCAAUGAUGCAGGAGUGUGACUUCAACCUUGAUGGAGAAAUUGACCGUGAAGAAUUUGUGAAAUUCAUUCAGCAGCUCACGACUGACACAUUUAUUGUUGUUAGUCAGGGACUGAUUAUCACCUUAGUUGUAGCUCCAACUGUUGCUAUGGCAACAAAGAAGGCUACUGAGGGCGUUCCUGGUGUUGGGAAAGUGGUGCAAAAGUUACCCAAUUCUAUUUAUGCAUCCCUUGUGACCCUCGCAAUUGUUUGGUUCCAAACUUCACGCCAAGAGACUGAGUAGAGCAUUCUGUCUUUUCUGUCAAAUUACGACUACUGUAAAUGAGAUAGAUUAUUGCUCAGUUUGUAUAGAACGAUGUCUUGCAAGUUACCGAAUAAUCAGGAGUACAACAUUUCUGAAACUUCAUUGUAGAAGGAUUAUUAAUUUGUGAUAAUGCAUAUGAAGGUUGUUACUUC